GAUGUUCACUAUUCAUCUCAACCAAAUCAUAAGAAAGAAAGAAAGAAAAAUACGUAGUAAUAAUUAUGGCUUCAGAAGCAUAUGAUCCUGUGCUGGGUCUAACCCCAGAGGAAUUCACCGAACUCGAAAGCACCAUCAACACGCACCACAAGUUCGAGGCUUCCCCUGAAAUCUGCAGCUCCAUCAUAGCGCAGCGCAUCGACGCGCCGGCGCACACGGUCUGGCCCCUCGUCCGGAGCUUCGAGAACCCGCAGAAGUACAAGCACUUCGUCAAGAGCUGCAACAUGCGCUCCGGCGACGGCGGCGUCGGCAGCAUCAGGGAAGUCACCGUCGUCUCGGGCCUCCCCGCCUCCACCAGCACCGAGCGCCUCGAGAUCCUCGACGACGACAACCACCUCCUCAGCUUCCGCGUCGUCGGCGGCGAGCACCGCCUCCACAACUAUCGCUCCGUCACCUCCGUCAACGAGUUCAAGAGACCCGACAACGGUAAGGUUUACACCAUUGUGUUGGAGUCUUACGUCGUCGACAUACCCGAAGGAAACACCGGUGUUGAUACUAAGAUGUUUGUUGACACUGUCGUUAAGCUUAACCUUCAGAAACUCGGCGAGGUCGCUAUGGCUACCAACUAAGGAUGUGUUUCUUUU